AUGAACGCUCGUUCCUUUCUGGCAAGAUCCCUGUCGCUCUCAGGACAGAGGAGUGUUUUUGCCCAGAGACCACUUCCUCUUGUUUCUUCCUUUCGGAAAUAUUCGUCUUCCUCAGGAAGCGAUGUGCCGAUAAAGUCGCCUCCGCCUGUCUCCACAGACACCGAAGUAUUCAAACAAGCACCGAAUCGGGCUGAGCCAUGGUCUCGUAGCCAAAGAGAACGAACAGACGCUAUGGUUGGGCCUCGAUUUGAGCAAACUGAUCUCGAAGUCCAGCCUCGUCCGUUGGCCGCAAUCGAGUUGAUCGCGGAGGAGCCAAUUCGUUAUGUUGAGGGACGAUCCGCUGUUUGUGAUGGAGGUAAUCGAUAUAUGAGAGAAACCGCAAAUUUUUACGCCUUAAUGUCUAAUCUUGAUUCAAUCGUAGACGGCGGAAGUUUAGGCCACCCGAGGGAUAAACCUGGAGCACACGCAUGCGGAUACUGUGGAAUACGAUUCGAACAGAAACAUCAUUAA